AUGACGAUUCUCUUGCUGGUCACAACCUUAGUUGCCGCCUGCGCCAUUGGUCUGGCCGUAGGGUGGAAGCUUACUCUGAUGUCUCGAGAAGAGAUAAAGAAAGCCUACGAGAAACCUGCAAGCUAUGCCUGCGAUGCCACCUCAGCUAUCCGAACCGUAGCUUACUUGACCCGCGAGGCGGACAUUUGCAACCACUACCACAAGCAGCUCCUCUCGCAAGGCUACACACUGGUGUGGCCUGUCCUCAAGUCAUCCGUUCUUUACGCGGCAUCACGAUCACUCCAGUUUCUCUGCAUGUCUCUCGGCUUCUGGUAUGGAGGGACCUUGUUUGGCAGACGCGAAUAUUCCAUGUACCCAACGCGACCAAACCAGCCUGUUCUGCGAGGACUUGAACUGCAUGUCAAGCCCGGGCACUUGGUGGUGCAGUUUGAGUAUGAUAAUGGACGAUAUUAUCCUCUUCACUAUCCUACUACGAGCACGAGCGUGAUUGACAGUGAGCAAGACUAUGCAUUCCCCAACGAUGGGGACGAACUUGCACGCAAGGAUCCUGAGCACCAUAUCUUCCUGCUGCUUCUCGAGGGUGGACUGUACCUCGCCCCAGUAAUUGAUCCACAGCGGAUCCUCGACCUAGGCGCUGGGACUGGGAUAUGGGCAAUCGGUGUCGCAGACAGGCAUCCCUUGGCGUCAGUUGUCGGGGCCGGUCUCUCCCCGGUGCAACCGUCAUUAUCGACAACUGAGAACGAUUGGGCCUUUCAGCGCAAUUCGUUCGACCUAAUCCACUCUCGGCUGCUGCUGGCCAGCGUCUCCGACUAUCCGAGGCUGUUCCGUCAAGCGCUGAGUGCCCUGAAGCCUGGCAAAUAUUUCGAGAUGCACGAAAUUGACUCGGGCAUCGAAUGCGAUGACGAUUUCAAUCCCGCAGACAGCAGUGCACUGCAGUGGUCCAACCUGUUCUUUGAGGGUCGUAGGAGAAUCGGUUAUCCCAUUCCCGCACCAGCCGAGUACAAAACCCUAAUGGAAGAGGCUGGGUUUGUUGAUGUGAGGUUGAAGAUCAUGAAAAACCCCACCAAUGUCUGGCCCAAGGAGAGGAAUAUGAAGCGGCUGCUCUUAUUUAAUUGGCAAGAAAGAAUCAUGAACGGAAUUCCCGAAAUACACCAUGUCACAGUGGUCGGAUAG